GUAGAUUGUACGACGUCGUAUCACCAUUGCACGCAGCACCAGUCGACGAAACAGAAAAAAAAAGGGAGAUAAAAUGGUUCUCUUUUCCACCUACCGCAGCAAGCGCAUCGUCGCCAAGGGAUUUCUCAAUGGCCCGGUCAUGCAGGCCCGUGCCCUCACUGACUACUAUUUCCAGCGUGCGUGGAGCAGCUGCGCGCAGUGGGUUGUACCCGGUGAGAUGCGCUUCUGGGCGGCCGGCAUCCCGACCAUCUACUUCUACCACCGCUGGCACGAGGACCACUCCCUCGCCGUCGACGGCUUGGAGAAGGCGUUGAUCAUGCGCUGGGGCGGCACGCUGGAGGAGGUGCGCAAGCUCUCCCCACAAGACCAGCUUCGCAUUAAGGCCUUCGCGGACCUAGAGAAGCUCUACUCCGCCUAUGGCCCCAAGGACACCGUUAUUCAGCCCGCAGGUGACCUGUUGCCGGGGAAGGACUUCUACCACAAGCACAACCAGCACGGUCACCACUAA